CUUCUCUCUGUCUCUCUGGGUGAGUGGAGGUGAACACAUCGUGUACAGUGAGGAGGGAGAUGGAAAUCUGUCUGACUUUUAUUCUUCUCUCAUCCACACUCACACUCACAGCAGCUGACAGUGUGAGGUUGGUGAAUGGUGGAAGUCGCUGUGCUGGGAGAGUGGAGGUUCUUCAGGAGGAACAGUGGGGAACAGUGUGUGGUUCUGCCUGGGAUAUGACUGAUGCUGCAGUGGUGUGUAGUGAGCUGCAGUGUGGGGAGGCUGUAGAUGCACCUCAGUUCGGUCACUUUGGACCAGGAUCAGGACCAAUCUGGAUGGUUGAUGUGGACUGUAGAGGAUCAGAGUCGACACUGAAGAACUGUAGGUCAGUUAGUAGAGGAGAAGAUUAUGGCUGUGUUCAUGGUUUUGACGCUGGAGUCACCUGCUCAGGUAAAAAUGUGAGACUCAGUGCUGGCCCUCACCAGUGCUCUGGGAGAGUGGAGGUGUAUCAUGGAGGUUCCUGGUCCACAGUGUGUGAUGCUGACUUUGACCAGCAGGAUGCAGAGGUUGUGUGUCAAGAGCUGGGCUGUGGGAUUCCUGUGAAGGUGCUGGGAUCAGCUGCUUUUGGCCGAGGAGAGGGUCAGGUGUGGACAGAGGAGCUUCAGUGUAGAGGAAAUGAAUCUGAGAUUACCUUCUGUCCAACAUCAUCUUCACUCAAACACUCACACUGCUCCCAUGACAACGAUGUAGGAUUAAUAUGUUCUGGUCACACAAAGGCGCGGCUGGUGAAUGGACCGGACUCCUGUUCUGGUCGAGUGGAGCUCCAGUACCUCAGUGACUGGGGCACAGUUUGUGCUGUAAACUGGGGUAUGAACACUGCAGAUGUUCUCUGUGCACAGCUGGAUUGUGGGAGCGCUGUGGCUGUGGUGGGGGUGGACUGGUUUGGGGAGGGGAGUGGCCACAUCUGGGCUGAUGUGUUUGAUUGUCAGGGAAAUGAGACACACCUAUCACAAUGUGGCGUCUCAUCAUGGAGUCGAGCUGCAUGCUCUCAUAAACACGAUGCUGGAGUCAUCUGUAAUGGAUCAUCCAUGGCAUUUCAUGAGGGGCGAGUGCGGUUGUCUGAAGGGAGCGAGUGUCAGGGGGAGGUGAAGAUUUAUUUCGGGCAGGACUGGAGGAGAGUUCUCCUGGACUCGUGGAGUCUGUCUGAGGCGUCUGUGCUUUGCAGACAGCUGGGCUGUGGCUCUGUGCUGAACUACCGCUCCUCUUCAUUCACCACUGAACACAAACACAUGUGUGUAACGGGUUUCAGCUGCUCUGGGAGUGAAGCUCAUCUGGGGAACUGCAGCAGUGCACAACCUGUCAACUGCAGCUCCGGGGAACAGCUCUACAUUACCUGCUCAGCUAAAAAAUUAUUUAACCCAGACCCCAGGUCCAUCAGGCUGGUUGGUUCUGGGGGAGACUGUGCAGGAAGGCUGGAGGUUUUCCACAGUGGCUCGUGGGGGACAGUGUGUGAUGACUCGUGGGAUAUUGAGGAUGCGCAGGUGGUGUGCAGACAGCUGCAGUGUGGAGUGGCCCUCAGUACCCACAUACCAGCCUGGUUUGGUCCUGGAACUGGGUCCAUAUGGCUGAAUGAGGUGGAGUGUGAAGGGAACGAGACGUCCCUGUGGAACUGCAGAUCUCAGCUGUGUGAAGAGGGGGAAUGUGGACACCAGGAGGACGUAGGAGUCGUGUGCUCAGAUUUUAAAGAGAUUCGACUUUCUGAGGGCUGUAAAGGGAAUCUGGAAGUGUUCUACAAUGGAACCUGGGGUAAUGUGUGUCACAAUCAGAUGGAGAUGGAGUUAGAAACAGCAAAUAUGGUGUGUCAAGAGCUGAACUGUGGAAGACGUGAGCAUUUGGGCUCAAAGAGCACAAGAGCGGAAUCUUCUCCUAACUGGCUGGAUCAUGUGAAAUGUAGGAAACAUGACUCUAAUCUGCUGAAGUGUCCAUCUUCACCCUGGGGACAGAACAGAUGUAAUAAUCGUAAUGAUGAGGUCAUUCACAUUACCUGCACAGGUAGAAGAAUUUACUCUUUACACUUGUGUGAGUGGAGCUGUUCUUCAGCAUUGGUGUUUUUCUUCAUGUGUGAUGUGUGUGAUGUAGAGCACUGGUCUCUCAGGCUGAGUGGAGGAAAGGGAAGCUGCUCUGGGAGGUUGGAGGUGUAUCAUAACGCUACGUGGGGCUCCGUUUGUGAUGAUCAGUGGAACAUCAGGAACGCUCAGGUGGUGUGCAGACAGCUGGGCUGUGGCUCGGCGCUGAGUGCUGAUAGGAAUGUUAGCUUUGGUCCUGGUGAAGGGACUAUCUGGCUGAACAGAGUGAAGUGUCGAGGGGAUGAGAUUCACCUGUGGGACUGUCAUCAUUCCCUGAAGAAACACACUGACUGCUCUCACGCUGGAGUCACCUGUGCAGACAUAUCCACAGUGUCCACUACUACACCCACCACCACCACCACCACCACUACAACCACCACCACCACAUCAGGAAGAGCCGCUCCAAAUCCUCCAUCAGCUGUAGCUCCACCCACCCCUCCACUGGUUCUCUUUGUGUUGGGAACGCUGCUCUUCCUGGCCUUAGUGCUUCUGGUGGUACUGUUUUACCAGAACAGAGUGCUCAGGAGAGUUGUCUCUAAGACGAGGCGUAAGACUCAGCCUGAGGCAGUCUAUGAGGAGAUCAACCACAGAUCCAUCACUAGAAGAAUCACAAGCUCCACUCAAAGAGGAAGUCUCCUCUCUGAAGAACAGCAUUCUGGGUAUGAGCAUGUGGAUGAUGAGCUUCUCUCAGUAAAGUCUGGGAUUGGAGAAAAGGCUCAGUAUUAUGAUGAUGUCAUCGACACCAGUGACUUCAUAAGUGAUACAGGAAGAGUUAAGCCACCAGAGGACUAUGAUGAUGCCGUCACUGCUGGACCCAUCGCUGAUAACGUGGAGGAGGAUGAAGCUGAGAAUUAUGAUGAGGCCAUUACAGCUGAUCAGAAGUCAGUUAUACUGACAGAGGACGUGUCCGAGAACUAUGAUGAUGCAGUUACGGCUGAAACAAACACAAACAUCACCACAGACAAUCCAGAAGAUUAUGAUGAUGUCAUUACUGAGGAACAGGAUGGAGGAGAGACAGAAGAAUAUGAUGAGGUGGAGGAGAAAUCUCAGAAAGACAGGGACCAUGUGACUGAGACACGCCCCCAAAGGCCUUUUCUCAGGAAAUUACAUUUCAACUUUUAUAAACACAAACAAUGAUUUGAUUCUACUUCCAAUAAUUUCAUGCAUUCUGAACCAUGUUCAUUUUCUCACCUUGUUAUUAGCAAAUAGAUUAGGGAGAGUUAAAUCAGCUCCAUUAUUACUGAACCAAAUGUUUCCAGCUUUCCUUUUACAACACAUUUCUGACAAUUCAUCUGAAUAUCUUGUCUUUGUAAACAAUAUGCAAGCAAUAUAUACGUCUAGGUUUCAUGCUGUGUGUUUAACUAUAAAACAUAUCAUUGAAAUGAAUGUUUUGUUGCAGUCUCUAUUAGGGAGCUGUGUAUGUUGGAAGUUUCAUUACGGAUUCUCAGAUUUUCAUGUGAAAUUCUCAGGUUUCC